GAAAUAGGUAAAUAUGGGUCUUUUUGUAUCUUUAUAAUAAUGCCAUUUAGAAAACUGUAAUGGGGGUAUAAUUAACUUUACUGUUAUAGUUUAGUAUUCGUAGACCAGUCUUUCGUUAUAUUAUCAAUAUCUUGAAACGUUCGUUGUACCAAUUAAGUUUGUUAACGAUACUGUCGUUACCAGACGAUGACUUUGGAGUAUUCAUGAGACCUUCGCUGCGCACCAUUUCUGAUAUUUUGUUGUUUUUUUUUUGAAAAAUGUUGCACUUUUCAAUUAUGUUAUAGCAACGUACAUCCGUCCGUAUGAAAUUAUGUCCGUCUGUUUGUGCAAACCUUUUUCGCAAUUAAUGUAAAUAUUGAAAUUAUGUGUAGCCUGCAUAUAAAACGUAUAUAGGACACAGGCGUAUUAGAAUAUAUGACAUUGCUCUUUUUUUCAUAAUAUGUCAUUUUGACAAAACGCAUUUGUUUGUUUCCAUUCGCCUAAUUAUAUAUUCGCUAUGGGCCAAAUCUAGAAAUGUCAAUUUAUCUUUUAAACAGUGUUAUUUUAUUUUUGUAACAUAUUCUAUCAAAUUAAAUGUUGAUAUUCAGUGCAAUUUUGGGGUAAUGCUAAUUCGUUCAAAACAAGGAAAUAUUUAUAAUUGUUUGUGGUAGUCAAAUAGUUAACGGUGUAAAUGUUAUGAAUGUUUAUGGUUAUUAACCCCAGAAUUGCAUAGACUGUUAUGAUUUUUUAGUUAAAUUAUUUUAACAUUUACAUUUUAAUAUGACUUGAGAAAUUCUGUGUUCACUCCUCGUUUAAUCUUUAUAUACAUAUACACGCAUAAAGAUGUUUUCUGUAGAAUAUGAUCCCGCAAAUAUGCUACUUCAUGUCAGGUUUUUCAGCAGAGUUUUAGUUGUGGUACUUACGUACGAGCCUGUAGAAAGCAUGUAAAUUAACGAGUACAACAAUGUAUAUUUUUGCUAUAAACUCUGAAUGUACGCUACGAAAUCCUUGUACACCAAUGAAAUAUUGUAUUGCCAAGUUUGAUGUUAUAUUAUUAAUAACCUUGAAUUUGCGAUAUUACGAAAUUCCAAAGCAAUGGUCCUGAUUCGUACAAUGUUUCAAACGUUUGCAAACCAAUGUACUUUAAAAUGGUGUAUUAUCUGAAAUAAACUCAUUCUCAGUGCUCGACCCGCUCACCAGCUUCGUUUAGCAAAAUUACACUUUUAACACUUUACUUCCAGUAUGUCUCGAUAGUCUCUACAAUGGUUUACUAACAGCACCUGCUUGAUCUGUUUGUGAUAUCCGACCUUUCCUGAAGUGCAUACACUUACAUUUGGGUUGUAUAUUUAAUGAGGCACUUCAACAUCUACACUAGUUGUGGAGGACGUUUCAAAAUUAUUUGCCGAUCGCUUCUGUUUCAGCAAACAGUACAAUGUCAAUCACACAGAGCAUCUACACAACCGAAGUCAAAGUCAUUGAUCUCCUUGUUUGUUUUGUGUUUAACGCCGUUUUUCAACAGUAUUUCAGUCAUGUAACCGCGGGCAGUUAGCCUAACCAGUGUCCCUGGGUUCUGUACCAGUACAAACCUGUUCUUCGCAAGUAACUGCCAACUUCUCCACAUGAAUCAGAGGUGGAGGACGAAUGAUUGCAGACACAAUGUCUUUUAUCAAAUCGUCACGGAGAACAUAAGCCCCGCCCGGGGAUCGAACUAACGACCCCGCGAUCCGAAGAUCAACGCUCUCCCUACUGAGCUAAGCGGGCGGGCUCUCCAAAAUGAUAUCGUCUUGUCUGUACUCAAAAGUUGCUAUUUUAUUCCUGGUCCUUUAUGGUCAUAGAAACGUGUUAUUUGAACAUAUUGAUACAUAGUUGCUGUUUAAGUCUGCCUUGCAGAAAGCAACCGAUAAUGACUGCAUCUUUUUCUGAAUACAAACUGGUGAUGUCAUUAUCUCUAUCAUAAAUCUAACUGAAUUAUUUACCUAAACGUUUUUUAUCAUUUCAAAAAUGGUCAGCAUGUAUAUAAUCAUAAAUGUUAAAGAAGUAAUUUAGGUAACAUUACCAUCAACGAAAACCAAACAUUUAAUUAACAUGCCUGAAUAUACUUAAUUAGCUACAUUACAGUUUAUUUAUCACUUGUGUACUUUACGUUUAAUGACAUUUCCCUCUCGGAUCUUAGCAAAAUGAUUGUGUUGAGGAUUUUAGGAUUUGUUUUCAUAUUUACGUAUUUUUCUCUUAGUGCUGGAGAGGAGCAUCAAUGUUCCCGUUACCACUAUGAGGAACAAAUACUGUCUAAAGUUGUAAGACUUGAACAUAGGCAUGAGCUUUUAGAGGAUAAAGUCACGAGCACGACAGGUCUCUCUCCUGUAGGAAGCAUUUGCAAUGAAAAACAGGCAUGUUGUCCAGAUGGAUGGAUAACUUUUCAGGGAUCUUGUUACCUAUUUCAACGAACAAACGCGGACUUCGUCAGUGCAGAGCUUCUUUGUGUGGAAUACAACGCUCACCUGGUCCGCAUUGAAAGCGAAAUAGAAAACACUUUCCUGAAGAAUCAUCUGAAAGAUUUAAAAGAAGCUCAUUAUUGGAUUGGUUUGACUGAUGUUGAGAAAGAAGGAACAUUUAAAUGGUACGGUUAUGACGUCGGACCUUCAUUCACAGACUGGAACAAUGGACAGCCCGAUAAUGCCGGGGGUGUUCAAAACUGUGGUGUAUUUAAUUAUGGUAUGGCUUUUAAAUGGGAUGACGCCAGCUGUGCGGCAAAAUUUAAAUCAGUUUGCGAAAAGAAGGCAGACUAAUAUGCAUUUGAAACAUAUUUUCAUAUAUUUGAUGUUUGACCAUGAAUAAAAUUGUUCCCUUGAUAUAUA